AUGAUCGCGAAAAAGGCGCAGGCAGAGUUGGAGGAGAAGCUGAAGAACGAUGAUCGCGAUGUCGCCGAUUUGUGGAAGGAAGCUCUCAAGAGUUAUGAGAGUAUCGUUGGUUUUGGUCUCCAGCGAAAAUUCGACAAUGUCAAUUCUAUGCUUGACUUUGGAACUGACCAGAUGAACAACUUUCAUAAAUUCAGACACGACAAGGGCAAAGUCGAUCGCUUGAGAAGUCUGUUUUCGUCCAACCUGGACUUGGUGGAGAAGGGCGCCAACCAGAUCAUCGCUGCUGCAGCACCAGCAUUUCCACCAGCUGCCGCCAUCGGAACAGCCUUGACCUAUAUGCUCCAGGCUUGCCGAUCUGUAUCGGCCGAUUACGACAUUAUCAUUGUGUUCUUUGAGGAUAUGAACAGCUUCCUCACAAGAAUCACUAUCCUGGAGACAAGACUUCCAAAGUACAAAGCGUAUCAGAAUUGCUUGAUGGAAGUUUUUAAUUCUCUUCUUACCAUGUGCGGUUUCGCACACAAGUACAUCGAACUCGGUCGCUUCAAGAAAUGGAUCUCCAAUUUGUUCAAAGGCGAUGAUGGUGAGCUUGGCGGUGCACGUGCGAACAUGAACAAGAAUCUUGAGCAUCUUCAGCAAGCGACGGAGUUUGCUAUUUUGAGCAAUACCGAAGAAUCUCUCAAAAUGGCUUCUCAACUUGACGAGAACCAGAGGUCGCAUGCUGAAAUGCUCGAGCGUGUCGGACAUACCAUUGACACCAUUCAAGAGAACACUGAGAACAUCAAGGGUGACAUUGCCAAGAUCUUGAAGCUCUUCGGUGGCCAGAAGAAAGAGAGGUCUACGGAGAAACCUCAAGCGAAGAAACCAGCCUCGGCAAACAGCAUCCGAAAUGCCAUGCCGGUCGUCUUCAACGAUGGCCACGAGUACCAGACACUGAAAGAGACACUUCUCCCAGAUUCAUGCGGCUGGGUCUUCUCUGAGCCGGAAUGGGAGGAAUGGCUAAAGAUUCCAGAUGGAGAACGCCCGAUCCUCGCUCUUACAGCUGAGCCUGGUAGUGGCAAGAGCCACUUGGCCGCUGCAGUGCAUGACAAGCUCACCCAGAGAGCCAACGAAGACGAAACAGGGAAUACUUGCGUCACACACUUUUAUUUCCGAGAGCAGGAAGAUGCCUUCGCUUUCUUUCUAUGUGGUAUAAUCACCGUCAUCAACCAGAUCGCCGAGACCAACCACGCAGCUUGCGAAAAGUUCAAUGCCCAGAUUGCGAGGGAUGACAUUGAGAUUGAUACCAAUCUGUGGCAGCAUCUCGUAGAGCACCUCCUCGGGGCAGUUUUCGGACCAGAGUCAAAGUUCAGCUUGUUCAUUGUCUUCGAUGGACUGGAUGAGCUUCGCGACCCCGAAGACUUUCAGCUGUUUCUUUCGGACUUCAUCAACGAGAAGGGACUGAAGAUAUCGCUUGCGGUGACUUCGAGACCUGAGCAGCUGGAUGAUCUUCCCAAGAGCACGAAGCUUGUUCGCAUUGAGGCGGAUAAGAAGAAACAGAGUCAAGAUAUGAGGGCGCUGAUCUGGAAUCGUAUCAACUCGCUCAAUAAUCUCAAGAGGUUUAGUCGCUACGUCCAGCAGAGAGUUGCUGACACGAUUGAAGAAGUCUCUCCAAACAUGCUUUAUGCUGAGCAUCUGCUUGCUCGUCUUGACAACCUAGGUCGCGAGGGCGCUGCCCUCCGAGCUCUCAGCCAAGAAAUGCCCAAGAAUCUUCAUGACAUCUACAAGAUCUUGCUCGCAGAAUGUCAGCGUCGUAUGCCAACCAAACAUCAAGAAGUCUCUGCCACUUUGCUCCACUGGGUCGCUUUUGCCAAACGACUCCUCACCCUCACCGAGGUUCAAUCACUUCUUAAAUACCUCGCCCAAGAUGACAAAUUUGACAUUGAAGAGAUCCGUGAGUUGUUUGACAAGUUCCUCAGAGUCGGUGGACCUGGCUACGACACAGAAGUCCUGGCGCGGAUUGCAGCUAGUGAGACUACCGCUGUGCAAGACUUGAAGCAGGACGAGGAGAAUAAGCAUGACAGUAUUUACGACGAUGGGCCGCUUCCGGUCACGUUCAAAGAGAGAUCCAUGAGACACUACUUCACCAACAUCUCGUCCGGCGCUUCUGAAUUUCGAUGGGGACCUUCUGAAGCAAAUCGAAGGAUGCUUUUGACCAGUGCGGAGCUUCUGCGAUCUCACCGAGGCAAAGUCGAUGAGAGUUUACUCAAGUACUCUGCUUUGUUUCUGAUCUCGCAUUUCGUCGAGAUCGAUGCAGAACAGCAUACUUCUGAUGAGCAGAUUGAAGUUCUCAAGGCCUUCUCAGAGACGAUGGCUAAUAAAACAGGGCUUGCUGAGAUGCUAAGCAAGUCUGGCGUUACGUAUGGAGGGUCUGGCGGUGGUACAUCCGUUACCAACGAGAAGGUGUCUCAGUGGGCAAAGCUGGUUGAGAAACCAGAGAUCAGUGAAAAGCUUGAUGGCUUCACUAUCGAGUGGUGGAAGCGAGUUGGUCCAGAUCCACCAGCUUGUCGUCUUGACAUUGCCAAGGGCUUUCUCCAACAACUGUACCAGGCACAGACCCCGAAAGAGGCAGUUGAAGCGUACCAAGAGGUUCAAGGUGUCCUAAAUGCGUCUGGCUCGACAAAGCUACUGAUGGACCAAGCCGCGAUCAACUUCCCAAAAGAGUAUGAGGAUCGGAACCGCACAGCUAGUGACGACGAGGCGUAUAAUGCAGCCACAGCUGCCUUGGGUGUCUUGAAACUCUUUGGCGACGAUGUCAAGCCUGACGGAGGAGCAUAUCGAGCCGUUGCAGAGGUCCUCGAUCAGUAUAACUUCACCGAACCAGCCGAGAAGACAUGCCGACAAGCUUUAGAGCUCUGCAAGCCAGCUGACCAUGAGUGGUACCGAGCGUCAAACGUCCUCUCUCUGAUUCUUUUGAAGCAAAAGAAGAAGAAAGCAGCUUUCGAAGUUGCAAGUCGUGCAGUCAAUGAAUUGCCAAACAACGAAGUUCCUCCUCCCCUCAAGCGAAUCGUGUACACAGCAUAUGCUAGAGCUCAGCGCAAACUGGGUCAAUUGGACGCCGCCCUCGAGUCAUUCGCCAAAGCGAAAGCUAGUGACCCCGACGGAAUUACCCCCGGUGAAGAUCUGGUAGACGAGCUUCAAGUCGUUGAGAGAAAGGCAGACAAGAGUGCCUACAUCCAAAUGCUCAAACAAUGGAGCCUCCUUGAGAGAAUCACCUGGAUCGCAUCCGAUUACGCCGACAAGGGAGAAGAGAGACAUGCAAUCUUUUCCGACAUUGCUUCAGAGACAGGUGAACAGGACUUCAUGGUCAAGUUCUACGAGGAAGCGAUUGACUUCCUGGAUAACCUCGAUGCCGCUACGCCUGUGCGCCUUGAUCUUGCGACUACAUACUUUGAAGUGUGUCGCCAACCAGAAAAAGCACUUGAGAUACUUGACAAGAUUUUCGAUAGCCGUGCAACAGGCUUCAGGUAUCCGAUAUUGGGUGUAACAGCGUUAUGGAUGAUGACAAGCGCUGUGGACUGCAUGACCAACGUCCAAUUGGAACUAUUCCGCAAAUCUCGCAAUCCCGUGUACAAGGCUGAACGCCUUGUCUCUCAGGCUAAUUUCAUGCAGCGCCCUUUGUCUCUGGAUGUCCCGCGAACUUCAGCGUUCUGGACCAGUUCUCAUCGAGUUGGACUGGCGUAUAUGUACCUCGUCAUGGGCCCUUUGGAGAAGUUCCAGGAGAAGGCUCAGUCUCUGCUGGAUGACUGUUUCGCUGGGCUGAAUGAUACAGUUGGAUGGAAUGAUGCGCCGUAUUUUUGGAUGUUGGCGCAAACAUUGGCGCUGAUGAGUAAAGCUCUUGGAAACGACGAGAAGUUGCGUCGAUAUGCUCGUAUUGUUGGGUCUGCUAUGCUUUCGAGGAUAGUUAAUCCUGAUCAAGACAAGGAGACCAAGGCUGAGGAAGAGGCGGAUGACGAUAAGAAGGUUGACGAAAGCCCAAAGGAACAAGAUGUAAAGGUGGUUCCACAAGAAAAGCACUCCGCUGAAGAAGAUCAAGAAGACGUCGACACUAGCGACGAGGAAGAAGAAACCGGUCCUCCACCCACCGACGAGGGAGAUCUCCUCUCGGACGAAACCUACUACAGCUGUGGUGGCUUCUGUAACCCAGUGCGCAAGUUCAAAUGGUGGGGAAAUCGCUCCGCAUAUCUGUACGUAACCUUUGCAUCAGGCAUGAUAUGCGAAGAGUGCCAGGCAGAGUGCGAUGCCGUGCAGCGUGGCGAAAAGCCAUUCAAGGGACGAUACUUUUACGGCGUCGGUCAGGGUAAGCUCAAGCUUCCUGUCGAGGGCUGGCGUGGAGUUAAGAAUGGUAUUGUGAGGAUUGAGGGGGAAGAGGAUGUCAAGAUGGAUGAUUUCCUGAAGAGGCUGGAGACGGAGGUUUGUAAGGAUGCGUGGGAACGGCUUUGGGCCGGUGAUGCGUUUUGAGAACUGAUGUUUGUUAUAUUAUUGUUUGUGUAUUUAAGUUAUGGGAUUUCC